AUGUGUGCAGAAAGCUCUGAAGUUGUAAACACUGGCGGGCUGAAGCGUGACUUGGGCUCUCGCCACAUCAACAUGAUUGCCUUGGCGGGUAUGAUUGGAACUGGGCUUUUCCUUGGCUCAGGCCGAGUCAUCGCUACAGCCGGACCUGUUGGUGCACUACUCGCCUAUACCAUCAUGGGCUUUGUUACCGCCGGCGUUGCGUACACCACCGGAGAGAUCACGGCCUUCAUGCCCGAGACUGGUGGCUUCAUUAGACAUGCCACCGCUUUCGUCGAACCGGCUUUGGGUGCGGCAACUGGAUGGAACUUCUGGUAUACGAUGGCGAUUACUAUCCCCGCCGAAAUCAGCGCUGCUGCGACCGUCAUACAGUUUUGGAAUACUUCAGUCAACCCGGGCGUUUGGAUCACCGUCUUUCUCGUCUUCAUCAUCGCCCUUAACCUACUCGGAGUGCGGCUUUACGGAGAGUCCGAGGUUUUCUUUGCCGCCCUCAAGAUCAUGCUUAUCAUAGGCCUCAUCAUCGGCGGUCUGGUCAUCGAUCUCGGAGGCGCUCCUCAUGGAGAACGAAUCGGAUUCCGAUAUUGGAUCAAUCCAGGUGUUUUCAACGCUUACAUCAAAACUGGCGCUGCUGGUCACUUCCUUGCCUUCUGGAAGUCGAUGCUUCCCGCAGCUUUCAGUUUUGGAAACAUACAGAUCGUCGCUAUUUCUGGGUCAGAAACACAAGAUCCGAGAAAGAUGAUCCCGUCUGCGACAAAGAAGACGUUUUAUAGAAUCUUCUUCUUUUACUUUUGCAGUAUCUUCAUCGUCGGGUUGAUCGUACCAUUCAAUGACCCGGCUCUGCAAAUCUCUACCGGUACAGCCCAACAGUCACCAUUCGUCAUUGCCUUUCAGCGAUCUGGAGUUUCUACAGUGCCGUCCAUCAUUAACGCCGUCGUCUGUACAUCAGCCAUCAGCAGUGGCUCGGCAUGUAUCUUCAUCGCCUCACGUACCCUCUUCGGUUUGAGCUGCGAUGGGCAUGCACCUCGGUUCUUCCAGCGUUGCAACCGUUUUGGGACUCCUUACUUCGCCAUUGCUUUCAGCUGCAUCUUGUCGCCUUUGGUAUACUUGACAGUCACAAACAACACGUCUGAGGUGUUCAACUGGUUUGUCAACAUCACGACGGUGGCUGGUUUGAUCGGCUGGGCGGUUAUACAAGUCACAUACCUUCGAUUCCACGCAGGCUUGAAGGCCCAGGGGUACUCACGUGAAGACCUCCCGUACAAGAGUCCCUUGCAACCAUACAUGUCGUGGGCAACGCUCUUUAUGGUCUGCCUAGUCAUUUUGUUCGCAGGCUUUGACGUUUUCGUCAAGGGUCAUUUUACCGCCGAAGGGUUCAUCACCUGCUACAUCAACAUUGCCAUUUUUGCCGUGCUAUAUCUGAUAUUUAAGAUUCGGCUGAGGUCCAAGGUCUUGAAGCCUUCUGAAAUGGAUCUUCAACGACAGUUCCUUCUAAUUCAUGAAGAGAAGCAGAAUACACCGGAACCUAGCCAGUCUAGUAGAGGGAUUGGAGCUGGAAUUCGACGUCGCUUGAAUCUAUAG